CUUGAUAAUAAUGCUACACUACCUACUAUUUCAUUAUCACUGGAUAUUUUUGUUUUCAUAAAAUUCUGCCUACAAAAUCAAUUGACUAGGAUGUUAGAAAGAUAAUUAAACGUUUCACAACUUGAGAUGUUUGUGAGGUUGAUGUUGUUUAUGUCCCAAAAGAUUUUGUUUAUUUUACAUUAAAAACAAAAUCAAUGCUACAAACACAAUUCACUUUAAUAUAUUCUAUUAAGAAUAUGACUUUAAUAAUUCCUAAAUAAAAAUGAAGGAUGAUCGAAAAAAAAAUGGAAAUUAAAAAAAAGAGUAUACGUUCCUCGCAGUUGAUAGAACAAAAUGUUUUGGAGAAAGACAAAUUUACAAGAACUGUAACUGAUGAAAAACAAGGACAUGAGGAUUCAGUCAUUGACCAUAACAAACAGAACCCAAAUCACUUAAAUGUUAAAGUGGUUCAAAUAAAAACUUAUGACAAAAGAAGUCAAUUCAAAAACCGAUUCACUAGUAACCCCUACAAUUAUCCUUAUAGAUUUAAAAGAAAAUCUUUGCAACAGCGGUAUAAUAUUUUGAAUUCAUGUGGCACUGCUGUGUUACCUAAAAAUAAACAUGAUGAACAGAAACUUGCGAUAAAAAAUGAAUAUAAAUAUGAACAGGGAAAUAAAAGAAAUGAAAACAUGGCAGUAAAAAUUUCUAAACCGGUGGCCAAAGUAAAUCCAAUUACCAGGUUGAAGAAAAAACCCUUGGGAUCUAUAAAAAGUGGCAGAAAUGGCACAAAGACUGGGGGAAGACCACCAUUGUUCCCAUCUUCAUUACCCCCGUUUGAUAACCCAAAAGAUGGACUUCUUAAAACUCUUCUUCAGAUGGAAAAUCCUGAAUGGGAAGUUGUGAUGCUGGGACUACAAGGUCUAGUGAGGUUAUGUCGCCAUCACUCUAAACUAGUAACUGCUUCUUCACAUUCAGUCAUCCAAAGCUUGGUGCAUAACAUACGUAACCUCAGAUCUCAAGUUUCAAGAGGGUCUUGUCAAGUUGCUAAAGAACUAUUCGAUAAAGUUGGACGUUUUUUGGAUGCUGAAUUAGAAGAUUUAGCAGGUACACUCUUAAGCAGGACAGCAGAUACCAAUAAGUUCUUAAGAGGUGAUGCUUUGGCAGCUCUGGAAUCGAUGGUUGAUCAUACUAAUCCUGUGCGAAGUGUGGGAGUACUAAUCAACAAAGGAGCCAAACACCAAAACGCACUGGUCCGUUGCUCGACUGCUCGCCUACUAUUAAGGUUAGCUAAGAAACUAGGAGCAGAGCGAACUCUAUCUCUUCCACGUGAAACAAAAGACAUGUUGGUUAUUACAACUGCUAAGUUACUUACUGAAGGAAGUUUAGACACAAGGUCAAAAAACAAAAGAAAACGUAAAAAUAAAAUGAGUUGUUUAGAAAGCAAGAAACGUACAGAUGCAAAGGAGAAUGGUGGUAAACUGGCUACAACCAAAGAAACUAAAAGAGCAUUAAGAAGAUUCCAAAAUCAAGAGAAAUCAACAAACAAUGAAGAAAAAGGUCAAGUGCAGAACUUUGAACCUCAACUGGUUGAUAAGUCAAGAUAUUCGAUCUGUAGAAGUAACUAUCAGCUGAUUUAAAAGAAUAAAUGCCUCAAAGAUGGAUGACGUACCAAUAGAGUUGUUAAAAAAAUAUAAAUAUAUAGAAUUAAUUUAAGAAAUAUUGGAAGAACAAAAGAUCUCAAAGUAUUGGAAUUUUGUUUUUAUUUAUCCUAUACUGAAUAAAAUGUCAAGUUGUAAUGUAGAAACCACAGGAACAACAUCUUCUUCUUCAAUUCUAUAAGAAAUUAUUAAUAUACUUCUAAACAACAACAACCAAAGUAAUAUGUAAGCCAGAUUUUCAUCUUUGAAUAUUGCGUGAAUGAAAGGAACUAUGAGGAAUAUAUAUUAGGAUGAUUUUCUUUAAUUUUUAAAUUGUGUAAGAUUCCAUGGUUAAAAAAACAGUUUCAGAAAGAAUAAAGUUAUGUUGGAGUUUUUCAGAAAUAUAUUUGUAAAUAAAAUCUAAUGCAAAGGAUUGAUAAAGGAAGAUCGGUCCUAGCCUAAUCUGAUGAAUGCUUAUCACUUGAAAAAAUAGGAACAGUGCUAGAAAAUAGAAGGGAUGUGUCUGGCAGGAAAAUACUUGACUCUCAUGUUUUUGAACCGCACAGUUCUUAGAAAUAGAAUAUCUUGACAAUGCUCUCUUAUAAGCAUAUAAAAUCGAUCCGAAGUGCAUGAUAGAGAGCAGAAAAUCCACUGAUUGAAAAAAUCAGUGAAACUUUUCAAUCAUAAGAAAGAUAGAAGGGUUUUUUCUCCAGAACAGCCUAAUAGUUCGUCUCUAUGCUACUAAGGAUAUGACUAGUCAGAAAAUACAAGAAAAUUUGGAACAAAUAAUAGCACAAGAAAGAAAGCUUUUGAGGUGGCAAAAGUUCAAAAAGAUUGAUGAAAUCAGUAAAACGAUAAAUAAAUAAAAUCUAUAUUUUGAGUGAACUAUUUCUUUUUUAAUAGAUUUUAAUAAUAA